CACUUGCUGAUCUCUCUUCAUUCAAGCACUAUUUUCCAAAUCAUUUUUUCCAAGAAAAAGUUGGAAAACUAGCCUAGUCUUUUUAUAUUUGUCUAUGUUCUUGAGCUAAAUAGGGAAAGGCUAGUUUGCUUGGAUGGGAAGCAGUAUCACCGGGGAAGAUGAUAAGUAUCUUGGCGAUCCACUCUUACCGGAAUCGUCGACAAAUGAUCAUGGCGCUGAAGAUGAUGGAGAAGCCAAAGACCUUGGGAUUAGGCCAAGGAUAUGGAUUGAAUCAAAGAAGCUUUGGUAUAUUGCUGGCCCUGCCAUCUUCAGCCGCGUCGUAAACUUCUCCAUGAACGUCAUCACUCAAGUCUUUGCCGGUCACCUUGGCGAAGUUGAGUUUGCUGCCCUUUCCAUAGGCCUCAACGUCAUCCUUGGCUUCAGUUUUGGAUUCUUGCUAGGGAUGGCGAGCGCGUUGGAAACACUGUGUGGUCAGGCUUUUGGGGCGAAGAGGUACCAUAUGCUAGGCAUAUACCUGCAAAGAUCAUGGAUUGUGCUCUUCCUCACUUCCAUUUUGCUCUUGCCCAUUUACAUUUUCGCCACUCCGAUUUUGAAACUCUUGGGACAGUCGGACGAGGUAGCGGAGGAGGCUGGUGUGGUGGCUCUGGUGCUGAUACCGCUGCAGCUAGGGCUUGUGUUCAUGUUUCCAUUGCAGAGGUUCUUGCAGUCACAAGUCAAGCCGUUUGUGAUUGCUUGGGUUUCUUUUGCGGCUUUAAUGGUUAAUCUGUUGACAAGUUGGCUCUUCAUUUAUGUGUUGGAUUUUGGACUUGUGGGUGCGGUUGUUGCUUUGGACAUCUCUUGGUGGGCUUCCGCUGUGGCGUUGUAUGGAUAUGUUACGUGCGGUGGAUGCCCUCUAAGUUGGACAGGAUUCUCUCUGCAAGCCUUUUCGGGUCUCUGGGAAUUCAUCAAACUUUCUGUCGCUUCUGGAGUUAUGCUAUGUUUGGAGAGCUGGUACUACACAAUAGUGGUCUUGAUGACUGGGUACUUGAAGAAUGCCACUAUUGCUGUGGAUGCCUUGUCAGUCUGCACAAACAUCAAUGGGUGGGAGAUGAUGAUCCAUUUGGGUUUCUUUGCUAGUGCUGGAGUAAGGGUGGCUAAUGAACUGGGAGCCGGUAAUGGCAAAGCAGCAAGAUUUGCAACUAUAGUGGCUGUCUCCUAUUCCUUUGCAAUUGGACUCUUUUUCUGCAUGCUAAUCUUGAUACUCCAUGACAAAGUUGCAUACAUAUUCACGUCUAGUGCUGAAGUCAUCCAAGCAGUUGAUAAGAUGUCAUAUCUCUUAGGGCUCACAAUUCUACUUAACAGUGUUCAACCGGUUUUAUCAGGGGUGGCUGUUGGAUCGGGAUGGCAAGCAUUUGUUGCAUAUAUAAAUCUUGGGUGCUACUACAUUAUUGGACUUCCUCUUGGAUUUCUAAUGGGAUGGGUCUUCGACUUUGGUGUCACGGGUAUUUGGGGAGGGAUGAUAUUUGGGACUGCCAUGCAAACUCUAGUAUUGGCCAUCAUAACAAUUCGAAGCGAUUGGAAGAAACAAGCAAAUGAUGCUAGCAAGCGUGUAAGUAAGUGGUCAAACCCUAAACCGGAACCGGAUGAUCAACAGGAGGUUCAACAUUAAUUUAACAAAAUGGCUAAUGGUUUUGUGUUCCAUUUCUUAUCCAUCAUAUAUAUACAUUUUUCUAACCUUUGAUUGAGUUUCGUUUUUAUUUUUGACAUGUUUAAUUCAUGAAUGUCAUGGGAUUUGUGAUCAUAGAUCAAAGAUGUUAAUCACCCAUCUUCUGGAUAUAAAGCAUCCAUCUAAUUAUUUUGAUGGAGUACGUACUCGUACCUAAUAAGCCAUUUUGUGAGAUUCAGCCCGAAA